CGAGGCAAAUCUGUCAGUGAAAAAACAGCAGGCAGACAAAACAGGCCUUUUGCAAUAUUCAAAUACAAUCGAGGGAAAACACAGAUUGAAAAGCAAUGACUCUUGCUGAAAAGAUAAGACUAUGCUGUAGACUACCAAAAUAUUUGAUCAACUCCCAAACAUUGUUUUACAAAACAGAGAGAGGGAGAGAUAGGCUUUUGACACGAGCGCAUCGACAAUCUCCAGCGAGUGAGCUGCGCAUCAUUGGGAUUACUUCCACGUGCAACUGUCAGACGACAAGCAGGUGAGGCACUUCCUGGAGCUGAGCUAUGCUGGUGCCAUCCUUCGGGACAGCUGGGUCCUGACAGACGUUGGCAUCACCCCUAGCAGUGCCAUCUGCUGCCUGCUGAAGGUACCAGCCGAACACCUAGCUGUUUCUACCCGUGCUUGAAAAUGCAUAUCAAACGGGAGCCGGUGGUGCGUGUGUUCAGUGCCGUGACGGGGGAGACCCUCUCAGUCUUGGGCACUGUGUUUCUCCUGAGUACGUCUGUGGCCAGGCUCAUGACCCUGGUGUCCCAGCAGUGUGGGCUUCCCGUCAGCUCCUUCAGACUGAGCUCUCCCACCAGCCUGCAACUCUACGACUGCAACUGGCUGCACGACUACGCCAUUGACCUGGGUAUGGCCUUCCUUGUGCAGUAGAUCAAUGGUCCUCUGGCUCAACACCUUAUGGAUGUAACAUAGAGACAAAUGGACUGUAUGGAACACAUUCUUGGUUCAUGGAAACCAGGAGGACAACCUGCAUGUGUCUCUGUCUCCCAGGGGCUACUCUACGGUUGGACACCUGGGAUGGGUGGGCGGAGUCCCUCAGAGGCUGCUUCCUGGGACACAGACUGACCGUCCAACGACACCUGUCUAGGGAGAGA